AUGGCGAACACGGCACAUUUGAUGCGGCGACAGAGCUCGAAGGAUUUGUACGCUCAUCGGUCGCUGGAUCGGAUGGAAAUGAAGGAGUUGAGAGGGAGGCUGGUUACUAUGGAGAAUGGGCACCCGUCCCAUCGCGCCCAUGUGAUGUACGGCGCUACAAACGAGGCUUUUGAGGAUACCAGUCCAAACAGACGUUCAUCUGAAACGCCUACGAGCAAAGCGAGCUCCGUAGAAGAGCGGGGUGGCGUAAAGCCCCAAGGGGGCGAGGGCGAAAGGGAGUCUUGGGACAGCAAGCUGACAUUCCUGUUAGCAACAGUCGGUUACGCCGUAGGCCUGGGCAACGUCUGGAGAUUCCCAUACUUAGCGCAGAAGAACGGUGGAGGCGCGUUUCUGAUACCGUACUUUGUGAUGUUGGCUAUCGAGGGCAUUCCGAUAUUCUACCUGGAGUUGGCGAUCGGGCAGCGUUUGCGGAAGGGUGCGAUUGGUGUGUGGCACCAGGUGUCGCCUUAUCUCGGUGGGAUAGGGAUCAGUUCUGCAGUGGUGUCGUUCAAUGUGGCGUUGUACUAUAACUCUAUCAUCGCGUGGUGCCUGUUCUACUUCGCCCAGAGCUUCCAGGCCGAGCUUCCCUGGUCUGAAUGCCCGAAGAAAUACUUCCCCAACGGAUCCUACACCACUGAGCCGGAAUGCGCUGCCAGCAGUCCCACACAGUACUUCUGGUACCGAACAACGCUGCAAAUAUCCGAAGACAUCAACUACCCAGAGUCGUUCAACUACAAGAUCGCUUUAGCUCUAGUCAUUGCCUGGAUCCUUGUCUACAUGUGCAUGAUCAAAGGCAUUGCCUCCUCGGGCAAAGUUGUCUACGUCACAGCAACUUUCCCGUACAUAGUCCUAGUGAUAUUCUUCUUUAGAGGCAUAACUCUGAAAGGAAUGGGCGACGGGCUGAUACAUUUAUUCACACCAAAAUGGCACACGAUUCUGGACCCAGUUGUCUGGCUUGAAGCAGGCACACAGAUCUUCUUUUCUCUUGGCCUUGCCUUCGGUGGUCUCAUAGCAUUUUCUUCUUACAACCCUGUGGAUAACAACUGCUAUAGAGACGCAAUAAUGGUCUCUAUGACCAACUGUCUGACUUCAAUGUUUGCUGGAAUCGUAGUGUUUUCAAUCAUCGGAUUUAAAGCCACGAUGGUGUAUGAGAAGUGUUUGGAAGUGAGGAAUGAGACUCUGCUGGAUUUUUUUGGACCAGUGUACAAGUCCAUGGUGCUACCAGAUGCUGGGGAAACUGUCACGGUGGAUUUGAAUGGGAAUCUGACUAAACUGGUGAUGCCUCAUCUACCGGAAUGCGAUCUGCAGAAGGAACUUGAUAAUACGGCGUCCGGCACAGGUCUAGCAUUCAUAAUCUUCACGGAAGCAAUCAACCAAUUCCCAGGCGCACAAUUCUGGUCCGUCCUGUUCUUCCUGAUGCUCUUCACCUUGGGAAUCGAUUCUCAAUUCGGCACAUUAGAAGGAGUUGUAACAUCUAUAGUCGACAUGAAGCUCUUCCCGAAUCUUCGAAAGGAGUAUCUGACCGGAGGAUUGUGCUUGAUAUGCUGUCUUCUGUCCAUGGGGUUUGCCCAUGGUGCUGGCAGCUAUAUAUUCCUGCUGUUUGACAUGUACAGUGGGAACUUCCCGUUGCUGAUAAUUGCGUUUUGCGAGUGCGUCGGUAUUUCCUACGUCUAUGGAGUGAAGAGGUUCGCGGACGACAUAGAGCUGAUGACGGGCACUCGUCCCGGCAUCUACUGGCUGAUCUGCUGGAAGUACCUCUCUCCGCUGGCCAUGCUGCUUAUUUUGAUAUCUUCCUUCGUGGAGCUCGCCACUGAGGGCUCAGGAUACGAUGCUUGGAUCAGGUCUGAAGGAGACACGGUGAGAAAGCCGUGGCCGAUGUGGGCGUUGCUGCUAGUUCUGGUGUUGGUGCUGGCUUCUGUGCUCUGGAUACCGGCACUCGCCAUUCUCAGAUACUUUGGCAUCCCCGUGAUAGACGACGAUGAACGCGCAUGGUUCCCCGCCGAAGACCUGAGGGACUUCCACGGCAUCGAACCACGAGCCGUCUCCGCGGUGGAAACCCUACUGUUCUGCACCAGACCUGAUGGAAGCGAGGGGUUGUGCUGGCCUGGGUGCUGCGAAACUGAUGAUGAUGAGUAG